CAAGCAAGCAUACAAAUAUUAAAAAUUUGUCACUAAAUGUGUUUGUGGUAAAUAAAAUAGCUAACGAAAAAUGGGAAAAACAUUGUUUUGUGCACUUUUCAGUGUGAAACACUAUCUAAGUUUUUUUUCUUGAUAGAGAAUAGAUUGUUUCCUGAAGUUUGGUACGAUCAGCUGUUACAAACAUGGAUUUUAAAGAGCUGUUGAAUAUCGCUGAUCAUAAUAAAGCCGUGGCUUCUUCUGAGGCUUCUUUAAAGAUGUACAGCAGUAAUCUUCCUCCUCCAAAGAAAGUGUCAAAGUCUGGAGUCCUGUCCUCGGGCGUAAAAGCUUUUAUAGAAAAACAGAAAGCUGAGCAACGAAGAAUCGAAUCUGAAGCUCGUAAGAAAAAGGAAGAACUUCUGGCUUUGCGUGCUCAAAAUUCUAAAAACAAUAAAAAAGCUAAAAUCAUGGCUUCUCGCACAAAAGAUAAUGAUUUUAGCAGAAUUAAACUUACUGAUGACGAAAUUGAAGCCAAGAAAAAACGGGAAGCUGAAAUUGUACGACAGAAUUUAGCAAAUAAGGUUGAACGAAUGAAAGCCCGCAUUGAGAUGGAGGAAAGAGAAAAGUUGCUCCCAAAAAAGAGAAAACGGAAAUCAAAGCAUGGAGAAGAAGAACUUGAUAAUCACGUUCAUCAAGUUGAAGAACCAGUGCAAAGUUUGACCUCAAAGAAUAAUACUAAGAAUGUACCUAAUAAAAAUGAUGUUCGUAAGCCACGUCCUCCACCACCUCCUUCAAUGAGUUUUGCAGAACUUCUUAAGGUUGCAGAACAGAAGCAAUAUGAGCCAGUUAAAAUUACAGUUAAAAAAGAAGAAGAGAAGUUGAUGACUAAAAAAGAGAAAAAACUCAUGGAGGAAGAGCGAGCUAGAUUACACAGAAAGCAGCAAAAGCUACAAGAACAGUUAGCAAAUGAGAUGAGACCUCCAAAAAGAACUCCAUCUACACCAGUUAUAAAGAAAAAGGUUUCCCAAAAAAGUGUGGAAUCAGCUACUAAACAACCAGUUGUAAUCCAUGUUGAAAAGAGCGCAAGUGUGAAACAAGCUCCUGAAUCUGCCAAGGUUAAAUUUUCAAAAAAUAGCAUUGAAUCAAAUAAGAGCAAUCAAAAUGGCAAAGUUUUGCCCAAUAAAACUCAAAAACUUGACCAAAAUCUUGCCAAAAAACUGCCAGACAAAGGAAAUAGAAUUACAGUGAAUCCAGAAUCAAACAGGAAGUUGACUCUUAUUAAAGAUAAUGAUAAUUUAUUUAACGACAAUCCUAUUACUGCGAAGCAAGCAGUACCUGGUAAAAAUAAAAUAACUAGUAUGAAUUCAUCCCAUUUACCUUCUAAUGUACCACCAACUCCAUCUGUGGAUGUUGCCAAAUUAGAAAGAGAACUCAAAGAAAAGCUAGAAAAACAAAUUGAGAAAGAAUUGGAAGCAAAAUUAGCUGCUAAAUUUGCUGCUAAAUUUGGUUUCUUGCAGAAGCAAAAAGCUCUUGCUGACCAAAAAUCAUCUUCAAAUAGACUACCUGACAAACCAAAAAUAAGUGUGCCUCAAAACAGACCGAUUCCAGUUAGUAAAAGUAUGGACCAAAAAAAUGCAAGGAGAGAAUUUGAGCAAUUCAUGGCAUUCAAACAAGCUAAAGCUCGAAAAGAACAAAAGAAAGCUUUCCACCCUAAUCCAUAUUUAGAUCCACCUCGAAGAUUGUUGGAACCACAACUGCAGCGUAAACCAUCAUCAAACUAUAGAAUAGAAAGUGAUGAAGAAGAUGAUGAUGAUGAUGACAUGAGUGAUUUCAUUGACGAUGGAUCACAAAAUGAUGAGGAUUAUUCAAAAUACAUACAAGAAAUUUUUGGCUAUGAUAAAAGCAGGUAUGAAGAUGAUGAUGACGAUGAAGUUAUGGAAUCUAGUUAUAGUCAAGUUCAGCAAGAAGAAGUUAGAAGUGCAAAACUUGGUUAUCUAGAAGAUUUGGAAGAAGAAAGAAAAUUGAGAGAAGAAGAAAAAAGGAAAAAAAUGAAAAAGAAAAUCAAAAGAUAACAUUUACUAGGUUGGAUAUAUUUAUUCCUAUGGAAUUAAAGAAAAUAAUUAUUUAAAUGAGUUGACAGAUUAUAUAAAUUUAUAUAAAUGUAUCUAUUUUUAGGUUAUAUUUGUGUGAAUGGUUUCAUUUGUAAGGCAAUACAUGAACCUCUACAUGUAUCAAAUAGACAGCUUUUAAAACUGUUUUUGCGUCAUAUUUUAAAAAUAUGAUUGAAAGUUUGCAUGAUAUUUUAUAAACAGAGGCCUACAUAAAAUAAUUCAUUUUGAAUUAUUUUGUGAAGUUUUGUUCUACACAUAAAAUUAUUUGAGGAGUGAAAUAACAAUCAAAAUAUAUUUAUGUGUAUUAUUCACUCUUAUGUACCUUGUAUGAGUAGUUUGGCUGUUAAAUUUAUCUCAUUACAUAUUGUUAUGCAAUAUCAGAAGUAAUACUUAAGCUUAACGAAAGUUUCUUUUGUUUUGUUUUGCUGUGGUUUGAAAAAAAAAUCAAGAAUUCUCUCUCUUUCUCUUUUGUUGCACUAACUGAUAUUGUAUAUGCUUCUUAAAUAGACAAUGCAAUGUGUUAAGCACCUAUGGUAUCUUAAAAAUGUUGUUGCAACCUCUCAUAUCGAAACUUAAUUAUAAGAAAACUUUCCACAUCAGAAAAGAUGAUGUGGAAAAAUACUUCAUGUUGGAAAUGUACUUAAUUGUUCCCAGUUAAGCACAGUAAAAUUUUCCAAACAAAGACCAACAUUAGGAA